GGCAAUAUUUCUCCGGAGAGAAAGCUGUCUCAAAUAUUCGACCUUUUAACGUGAGCAGAAACGGCUACAGCAGUCUCAAAUUUAACAUGGAAAUUCUUGCGGUUAAUCUGAGGGAAGGUUCGGUUUACACCAGCAAGAAGUUAGGUUUGUGGGCUGCCGGUUACGAUAAUCCGCUGGAACUGGAGGAUCCGCAAAGUUUGAACAUUUACAAUUCGAGGAUCGUCUAUCGAGUCAUAACGAUUGCUCAAAGACCGCUGAUUUUCGAAGAUCCUGAAGCGCCGAGGAAGUUUUCCGGCUUCUGCGUCGACGUUUUGGAUGAGAUUGCCUCGAUGCUGAACUUCGAUUACGAAAUCUUCACCGUUUUGGAUGGGCAGAAAGGUGCAAUGGACAAGGAUGGUAAUUGGAACGGUAUGAUCAAUGAACUGGUCUACAAGAGAGCGGAUAUAGCUAUUGGUUCGUUGUCGGUAACAUCGCAAAGAUCUAAAUUCGUGGAUUUCACUGUGCCUUACUACGAAAUGUCCGGGCAAACUAUCCUGAUGAAAUUACCAACAACGCACACAUCCAUCUUCAGAUUCCUCAUCGUUUUCGAGUACAUGGUCUGGCUCUCUAUAAUCGGCGUUUAUCUAAUUACAAGUUUUUGGCUUUGGUUGCUGUAUAAAUUGAGUCCGUUCGGGGCGAGGUAUGGACGCGCCAACGAGCAGCUGAACUUAAGAAAUUUCACCCUAAUCGAGUGUUUGUGGUUCUGCUUGAUUGCGUUCACCCCUCAAGGAAGCGGUGAAGCCCCGAGCAACGCUUCAGGAAGAGUGAUGACCGCCUGUUGGUGGCUCUUCGGCUUCAUCUUAGUCUCUUCGUACAGCGCAAACUUAUCCGCUUUCCUCACCGUCUCUCGCCUGGAAACUCCGAUCAAAUCUCUGGAGGAUCUUUCCAAGCAGUACAAAAUACAGUAUUCGACGAUAAACAAUUCGAACGCCAUGAAUUACUUCAAGAGGAUGGCUCAAAUCGAACGCAAACUCUUCUUGAAAUGGAUGGAUUUGAAUAUCUUCGAUGAAGAUUUGGACGAUUAUCAAAAAUCCAGAUUGGCUGUUUGGGAGUAUCCGUUGAGCGAUAAGUACACGAAGAUUUGGAAGCAGAUGAACAACGUGGGACUUCUUAAUUCGACAGAAGAAGCUUUGGAGAUGAUCAGAGCGUCGGAGAAUUUCGCCUUGAUGAUCGACGGAAUCGACGCUAAAUAUCUGGAUUUGACCAAUUGCGAUUUGCAGAUUGUAGGCGAAGAGUUCAACAAGAAGCCGUUGGCUUUCGCGGUGCAGUUGGGGUCGACCCUCAAGGAUCAAAUGAAUUCGGCAGUUUUGCAGCUGUACAAUAAGAGGAUUCUGCAGAGGUUCAAGGAGAAAUGGUGGGCCAACAAUCCGAACAAAGUCCACUGCCAAGUGGAUUCCGUUUCGGAGAGCAUCAACGUCGACAACAUCUUCGGCAUCUUCAUAUUCCUCUUCCUCGCCGCUCUGUGCGUGGUGAUCUUUGCGCUGGUAAAGCGUUUCUGGUCGUGGCUGAAGACACGAAACUAG